AUGAUGCAAUCGACUAUUUUCUAUCCUCGCCGCUAUGAAGAGGCCCAACGCUCUCUGCCAGCGAUUCCGGCUUCGGGGAUUGUGAGAAAUCGCACAACGGAGCGCGUACUUGUUGUCCUGGAUGAUGAUCCGACUGGCACACAGACUGUGCACAACGUGGCCAUCUUGACUACAUUCGAGGAAGAUGUCAUUGAGCAGCAGCGCCGCACAGGGGAGCGGGGGUUCUUCAUCCUGACAAACUCGCGUGCAUUUCCGUCGGACCAGGCAUCAAAAUUACUCAAUACAAUCCUGAACAACCUCCGUGCUGCUUCUGAAACAGUGAAAGUUUCCAUCGAUGUGGUUCUGCGAUCCGACUCGACAUUGCGCGGCCACUUCCCUCUCGAACCACAACUAGUUGACUUAGCCCUGGGGCCUUUUGGGCUGUGGGUAUUGGCACCUGCCUUCUUUGAAGGCGGCCGUGUCACAGUCGACGAUGUCCAGUUUGUUCACGAGGGGGAUUUUCUAGUCCCUGUGGCGAACACGCCGUUUGCUCAGGAUCGGAGCUUUGGGUUUUCUUCCAGCAACCUACGAGAGUGGAUCGUUGAGAAAUUUGAUGGCGGCGAUGUUCCAGACAUCACUAGCAUCGGAAUUUCUGAUCUGCGUCGUCCAGACGGGGUUGAAUAUAGGCGCCGGAUUGUGGUCCUCAAUGCAUUCUCCUACUUUGACUUCGAGAUAUUCAUUGCCGCCGAAGCUGCCGCGCAGAAUACUGCCCCGCGACUCUACCGGACUGGCGCGAGUUUCAUCACAACCCGACUAGGCAUUGAAGCCAUUCCUCCGCUUCCUCUCAGCUGGAGAGCCUUCUCGAUCGCUGCGCAAGUCAUCUCGCAGAUCAAAGUAGAAGUGCCUUCCUUGUUGAAGAAUGGACGUGCAGAACAGGAUAUCGUGGGAGAGCUAGCACGCCAAGUUGAAUCGGUGCUGACUGGUGGUUGUGACUGUAUUAUCAAUACAUGUCGGAAGCUGAUCCAUGGCGAAGAUGCCAGUGCUAGCUUGUCCAUCGGGAAUGUUGUUAGCGAUAUUCUGGUGAGAAUUGUGCAGGCGACUCGGAUUCGUCCGAGAUAUAUGAUCGCCAAGGGCGGAACCACUAGCAGCGACAUUGCAACCAAAGCAUUGAAUAUCAAGAGGGCACGUAUUCUAGGACAAGCAGCAACGGGUGUUCCCCUAUGGCGCAGUGAUGGGACCUGUGAUAAGUGGCCUGGCAUUCCAUAUAUUGUUUUUCCGGGUAAUGUUGGCUCACCUGAGCUGCUUGGAGAGCUUGUUUCGUCGUACCAUCAAGCAUAG